ACCUGAAAAUACCGCCUCUACGGAGAAGACAUUUGUAUGUAGCCAACUGUUAGAUCCAAAAUGUCUUUAGAUCAGUACUCGGAUUUUAUAAAACACAGGAGAUUAAGUGGGAUGGCAUGUGCCGAUAUUGCUGCAGCACUGACGGGUCACUUUGGUUCUUUAAGAGGAUUUUCAGAGAGGAAUGUACGGCGGUGGUGCAAAGAGCAAGGACUUGGCGCAAAGGAUUUCUGCCCUGACAGGCAAUUGGAAAGUGAAGUGGCGAAAGCUAUUGAAGAGACUGGGUCGUACUACGGAAGAAAAAUGAUGACCGGCUAUCUUGCUGCAAAAGGGGUCAAAGCUUCUGAGGGCAGAGUGGGCAAAGUCCUACAAACAGUUAAUCCACCAUACCAUGCAGCAAGACAGCAAGGUGCCAGAAACCUUAACCCAGUCCCUUACAAUGCUGAAUAUGUGGGUCACAAGUUACACAUUGACCAAAAUGAAAAAUUGGUCAUGUUUGGAGUGACCCAUGUCAUGGCUAUUGAUGGGUACAGUAAGAAGAUUGUUGGGCAUUCAACAAUGCCCAUCAAAAACAACAUUAUAAUUUAUGAUGAAGUGUACAGGCCAGCUGUGAUGUCCUACGGGAUAUGGGACCAAGUGCGUGUAGACUGUGGAAGGGAGUUUUUCUUGAUCUUAUUUGUCCAGGAGAAGCUGGCUGCAUACCGCCACAACAAGGAAAGGCAGCCAUACCUUCAAACGCCAUCGACCAGGAAUCAUACAAUUGAAAGGAUGUGGUUAGAAGUAAAUCAAAGGGUAAAUUUUCCCCUGAAGACUGCGCUUGUUCAGAUGUGUGACCAGGAGGAAAUUUGUUUGGAUGACAGCUUGACAAAAUUCUGCACAUCCAACCUAACAUGUCACAUAUCCCGAAUUGGCCUCACAAAUUUUGUGAAAGCAUGGAAUGCCCACAGAAUUCCAGGAAAGGGGAUACCAAAUCUCCUCUGUGGUCAAGGAUGCCCGGCAAAGGUCUUGGAAGACAACCUACCUAUUGGUGAAAUUGCAGCAGACCUCUACCAGCAGGAAGUGGGGACAGCACUGACCAGAGAAGCCGUGUUUGGCACAGACCCUUUUUCCAAUGAGGAAGCCCGCAGAAAUGCUGAAAGCGAGUUUGCAUCACACUUUGAUCCCUUGUCACUUUUGCACAGUGCAGUCAACAACAAUUUCAGCCCAUUUCAGAAUGCACUUAGGUGUCUUAUUGAUAUCACUAGACAACAUGCUGCUUAAGAGUAAUGUUUGCUUCCUUAACAUUAGUCCUGCAAUUUCAGGAUUGUAAUACACUGCUUUGUCUUGCCAUUUACCAUGUCUUUGAUGGUUGAGCAGAAGGUUCUUAUGAAAGAUGCACAAUCCAAACAAUGAUGCUCAGAAAUAAACAUUUAUUAUCAAAGGCCAAAGGAAAUAUGCAUUUUAUAUGAAUUGUUUUAUUCAGUAACCACUCUAGUUUAGGCCUCUGUACUCUGAACAGUCCAAACAACGAUGUCCAAAAAUAAACAUUUAUUAAGAACGAAAAGUAAGAGGCCAGUAGCAGCUCACAAAAUUAGGCCUCUGCAGUCUUAAAAAAUAACAGCACUGCAGAGAGACCCAGUGUCUCAUGUAUAUUUUCACUAAAA